AGGAAAAAAAAUAAAAAAAAUAGCCUUUCCUACUGCAGUACUGUCCCUUAUGCUGUAAUUUUUUGAUGCAGGAAAACUUAAUUAUUUAAUUAAUAAUUAAUUAACUAAUUUAAAUUCAAGUAAAGAAAAUAAAAUAUUGAGCAAAUUCCUUUGGAACCAUUUCCAGAAGUCCAAUGGCUGCCUUAAUUUAAGAGACGGUUGCGUUAGCCGCACUCCAUCAUUUUCUUGAGACCUGGGCUUGGCAAAUUUUUUCAAUGUUUUAGAUAUUUAUUGUCUAUUAUAAUAAAUAGUUUGGUAAGAUAUCACGAACUCCGGCCAUUGCAUUUGCAUCUCACACGGUCUAUCUGUCUGAAGUCAACUUUCCCUCGUUGAGGAUCGAAGAAUAGCAAAUAACGUGCUGUCUCAUUACUUGCUGAAUAAUUCACGGAUGGUGUGCAAUCAUCAUCUGGAGCUCUUAUGUGCCGGUCUCACUAUAGAGGCAUUCGGAUUGGAUUCGACAUUUUGUUGUGCUAAACAACUGUGUCGCAUUACGUGAGUUGUACUUCUGAAAGAUUAGAUUAGAUCCCGGCGAAAUUUUUAUAUAGAUUUGAAUUCUGAUCACUUUUCCCCGGCUCUAAUCAAACAUAUUGCAUGGAUUCCUGGGCAGCCGUGGACUAAAAAUAUUAACGUUGACUAAGUAAUUAGAUGUACUAACAGGUUUCGGAUGACCGUUACUUAAACUAGUCUAGGCUGACACCUCGGAGAUUGUUAAGCCUUAUAAAAGAAACUUAUGGGACUCCGAUCUCAAGAUCUUCCGUCCUCUGACUCCCUCUCCCUGUUUCUUUAUUCAAUCACCCUAAUAAUAAAAUAAGAAAAGGAAAAAAAAACUCAGGAUUCAUCCCUCUUUAGGACUAACCCAUCUUUCUGUGUACGACGACUUCGCCGAAGAAGGUACCGAGACGGAUGACUGCACCUUAUCUAAGUUGGGAUGCUGGAAAAGGGUUCAGUUUCGAUGUGAUACGGUUGUGGAAACCCGUAUUUUCUUGAUCUUCAUAUGAAAGACAGGACAGUCCAUAGCGAGCUCUAAGACAUCCUGCAGUUCCAUCGAGUCGAGCAUAUUACUGAAUCCAGCGGAAGAAAGAUGCGGAAGCCCAGUGUUUUUGCAAAGUUUAGGACUUGCCGGGGCUUUGGAAGGUUUUUCUUUGCGGUGGGCAUGCUCGGUAUUCUUUUCUCUAUAGCUAUGCUAUCCAAAUUCUACUCGCUGAGAUCUCUCCACAUCUCGCGGACCUUCUGCGAUGGUGCCGGUUCCGAGAACCAAGACAGAGUCCGGACUGAAGCCAGAGCAACACUAGAGGCAGUCAUCCAGAAAAUCGAGCGAGAAAUUGAGGGAAUGGCUAAUCCUCGGUCAGGCUCAUCAUCAUCGUCUUCUCAUUAUAUUGGGUUUCUCGCGGAUAUUUUGGGGCUUAUUGGGUCGGCGCGUUCAUCUCUGGAAUCAACAGGUGAAAUUAUCGGGACACAUCCGUUGGUGAAGCCGAAGCAGAGGUCGGAUGAGCCUGUGGAUUACUUCCUGAUAGAAGAGAUACGGAAGUACGUGAAGAUCAAGCCCAACAGGUUGGGGAAGCAGAACUUCAUGGGGGCAAAUGGCACUUUUACUAGCAUCGGUCACGCCUGUUUCGCGAUGAAGAAUGAGCUGGAGGAGUACAUGGACUACGACGUUGGAGAGAUCUGCAACGAUGAUUGGAAGCUUGCCCAGAAGCUUAUGGUCCAUGGCUGCGACCCAUUACCGAGGAGACGGUGCUUUGCACGGGCCCCACAGCUGUACUACAAGCCCUACCCGAUAAACGAGUCCAUGUGGAAGCUUCCCGAUAACAGGAAUGUCCGGUGGAGCCAGUACCGCUGCAAGAACUUCACCUGCCUGGCGAGAAAUGUUACUGGUAAGGGGUUUUUCAAGUGUGCCGACUGCUUCAAUCUCAUAGGCCAUGAGAAGCCCCGAUGGGUCAAGCCCGUCUACAUUGACUCGAGCACGAACCAGACAGUGGACUUCGUCAUUCCCGAAGUGCUUGCGAUUAAGCCCGGGGAGAUCAGGAUUGGGCUAGACUUCAGCGUCGGGACAGGAACUUUUGCAGCAAGGAUGUGGGAGUUCAAUGUCACGAUUGUCUCCGCAACCAUAAAUCUUGGGGCGCCUUUCAGUGAGAUGAUUGCUCUACGAGGGCUCGUCCCUCUUUACCUGUCGAUCAAUCAGAGGCUUCCCUUCUUCGAUAACACGCUGGAUCUGAUCCACACUACGAGGUUUCUAGACGGGUGGAUAGAUUUCAUCCUGCUGGAUUUUGUGCUUUACGACUGGGACAGGGUCUUGAGGCCGGGCGGGUUGCUGUGGAUUGACAGCUUCUUCUGCUUGAAGGAGGAUUUGGACGAUUACUUGGAGGCGUUCAAGACGUUGCGGUAUAAGAAGCACAAGUGGGUCGUGAUCCCCAAGGUUGACAAGAGCGAUAGGGAGGUUUUCUUCUCGGCUGUGCUUGAAAAGCCACCGAGACCUUUCAGAUAAAUACUAAUCGAGGGGGGGGGGGGACAUCGAAUUCUAUGCAUCUCAGCUCUUCAUACCACAUUCAGGUUAUCCCCCAUAGCUGCUACAGCCGGUCUUUGAAAGAUAUACCACUUCUAUAUGUCCGAGUUCGUAAUAUCUUUUUCUCACUUUGUAAUCUUACAGUUUUAGCAGUAGGCAGCAGCAUUAUGCUCGGUUGAGUAGCAAUGAGUUCGAUCAUUAGAACAGGAAGAGAACACCAAAGCAAUAUUCAUAAGACAGAUGCCUUUCUAAUCAACUUUCAGGAAUUUUUA